AUGUCUUCCAACUCUAACUACUACUGUUCAUUACUGAAAAUCUGCACCGAGACCCGAAACCGGUCCCAGGCAAAGAAAAUCCAUUGCCACAUUCUUAGAACCAUAAAAGACCCUGAAACAUUCCUAUUAAACAAUCUUGUUAAUGCAUACAGUAAACUAGGGGAUUUGACCUACGCACGCAACGUGUUUGAUAAAAUUCCCCAACCAAAUCUCUUUUCAUGGAACACUAUUCUUUUUACUUAUUCGAAGUCUGGGAAUCUUUCAGACAUGAAUGAUAUAUUUAACCGCAUGCCUAAGCGUGAUGGGGUUUCUUGGAAUUCCCUUAUUUCGGGGUAUGCUUCUCGUGCCUUGGUAACUGAUGCUGUGAAGGGUUAUAAUUCAAUGUUGGGGGAUGAAGCAGCUAAUUUGAAUAGGAUUACGUUUUCUACUAUGCUUAUAUUGUCUUCUAGUCAAGGGUGUAUUGAUUUGGGUAGGCAAAUUCAUGGGCAGAUUGUGAAGUUUGGGUUUGGAUCUUAUCUGUUUGUGGGUUGUCCUUUGAUGGAUAUGUAUUCAAAGGCGGGGUUUGUUUAUGAUGCAAAACAAGUUUUUGAUGAAACGCCAGAGCGGAAUGUGGUAAUGUAUAACACAAUGAUUACUGGGUUUUUGAGGUGUGGUAUGGUGGAGGAUUCCUGGUCGUUGUUUCACAGUAUGCGGGAAAAAGAUCCCAUUUCUUGGACUACUAUGAUCACGGGAUUGACUCAGAAUGAUUUGUAUAAAGAGGCUAUUGAUUUGUUCAGAGAGAUGAGGACAGAAGGCUUGGUUAUGGAUCAGUUUACCUUUGGAAGUAUGUUGACGGCCUGUGGGGGUUUAAUGGCCCUGAAAGAAGGCAAGCAAGCUCAUGCUUUUGUAAUUAGAGCUAAUCAUAUGGAUAAUGUCUUUGUAGGCAGUGCACUUGUUGACAUGUAUUGCAAGUGCAAAAGGAUAGCGUCUGCCGAGGCAGUUUUCAAGAGGAUGACCCACAAGAAUGUUGUGUCCUGGACUGCACUGCUAGUCGGUUAUGGCCAGAAUGGGUACAGUGAAGAAGCUAUUAGAGUCUUUGAUGACAUGCAGAGAAAUGACAUCAACCCUGAUUAUUAUACUCUAGGAAGUGUAAUUAGCUCAUGUGCAAACCUAGCAAGCUUAGAAGAGGGUUCACAAUUUCAUGGCCAAGCAAUAGUUUCUGGCUUAAUUUCUUUCACAACAGUUUCUAAUGCACUUGUUACUUUAUAUAGCAAAUGUGGAAGUAUAGAAGAAGCUAACCGGCUUUUCAAUGAGAUGAAUUUUAGGGAUGAAGUUUCCUGGACUGCAUUGGUGUCAGGGUAUGCUCAGUUUGGUAAAGCCAAUGAAACAAUUGAUUUGUUUCAAAAAAUGUUAGCUCAUGGUCUAAAACCUGAUGAAGUUACUUUUGUUGGUGUUCUAUCAGCUUGCAGUAGGGCAGGACUAGUGGAAAAAGGGUAUCAGUAUUUUGAGUCAAUGGUAAAAGAACAUGGAAUCAUGCCCGUUGUUGAUCAUUAUACUUGCAUGAUUGACCUUCUUAGCCGAGCUGGAAGGUUAGAGGAAGCAAGAUGCUUUAUAAACAAAAUGCCUAUGCCUCCUGAUGCAAUUGGUUGGUCCACCUUACUUAGCUCAUGUAGACUGCAUGGUAACUUGGAAGUUGGGAAAUGGGCAGCUGCAUCCCUUCAGGAACUAGAGCCCAGCAAUCCUGCAGGUUACAUCUUACUCUCAAGCAUAUAUGCUGCUAAAGGAAAAUGGGAUUAUGUGUCAGAAUUAAGGAGGGGAAUGAGAAAUAAAGGAGUGAGAAAGGAACCGGGAUGCAGUUGGAUCAAAUAUAAAGGCAAAGUGCACAUUUUCUCAGCAGAUGACCAGACAAGUCCGUUUUCAGAUCGGAUAUAUGCUGAGCUUGACAAACUAAACCUCAAGAUGAUAGAAGAGGGUUAUGUACCGGAUCUGAGUACUGUUCUUCAUGAUGUUGAGGAAUCAGAAAAGAAAAAGAUGCUUAAUUACCACAGUGAGAGGCUUGCAAUUGCAUUUGGGUUGAUAUUUAUCCCUCCCGGGCUUCCCAUACGGAUAGUUAAAAAUCUUAGGGUGUGUGGGGAUUGCCAUAAUGCGACUAAGUAUAUUUCUAAGAUAACACAGAGAGAGAUACUAGUAAGAGAUGCUGUCCGCUUCCACUUGUUUAAAAAUGGAACAUGCUCGUGUGGAGAUUUCUGGUGAUGCUGUUUUCUAUGCCCAAAACUGAUGAUGAGUAGAUCAAACCUUUGGCUAACUAUUCAAAUGACCAAAUCACUGGAUUAUUCGCAUAAAAAGGACUUGGUCUCGGAAGGUAUUAUCAGGAAGAUGCAUUGAAUGUUGAAACAACGGUUAUUAUGUCAACGACUGUAUUUGACAGGCUGCCGGCUGAAUCCUGCCUGCCAAAAACCCACAAAUAUUUCACAGAUCAUUUGGUUCUGCUACAUGCCAAGGCUAAUUUUCUUUGCUACCUUGCUGUCUAUUUCUCUAGUUCAUGUCUCCAUGGCUAAUCAGUAUUUCUGGGACUUCUGGGUACGUCAAAACUUGGAAAGGAUUGCCUCUUUGACCAAAAUCCUCCACUACAUUUCUCCCUUUUUUGUGCAAUAGCAUUUCCACCGUUUAAAACUUGCUCAAGUUCCUUUAAAAGAGAAAUAUGAAAUGUAUCAUGGAUUGAUCUUAGACUAUAAUAAUGAUAAAUUUGUCUGAGUGAGUUGAACUUGAAAACAUCGUCCUAGCAUAUCUGUCAUCUCUGGUUAAUAAGAUUUAUAGAUUUGGUAGACAAUUUGACAGUAUAACACAAAUUAAGUUUUUCUUUUUCCUUUCUGAAACAACUUAGAAUGAUUGAUACUAUAAUAAAGGGGUGUACUUCAUAAAGGCAGGUGCUUUAACUUAACAUCGGAGUGAAUCUGGGGUAUCUUUUUUACAUGGUGUAAUAACUAGUUGAGGUGUUUGGCAUCCUAUUUAAGUGUCUUAAAAUAUUCUCAGCUAUCUGCCUUGUACUACCAUUCCCAUGAUGAAAAGCACUAACCAAUGAGGCAGGCAGUAACCUAUCCUGUGAUAUGUCUGAAGCUGACUUAUUUCCACCUUUAACUAGGAAUUUUUCAAUCAUCCAAAAUGAUUUCUGCCACAGGCCCUCUUGUCUGUGCUCUUUCACCACAUUCAAGAUAUGUUGAAUAGCAUUUACUUCACUCAACAGGCUCACACUCAUGUGCACAUCAACAUUGUCGUCCAGCAAAGUACAUAUAGCUGCCAAUGAAGCUUCAACUACCUCGUUAUUCUCAUGAUCCAGGCACGCCAAUAGCCUUUCGAUAGCGUUUGCAUCAAUCAAACAAAAUGUGGUUUCUGAAGAACAUACCCCUCUAUGAACUGGACACAGUAAUGGUAUCUUUCUCCUUUUUGAUAAACUGGAAGAUAGAAGCUUUGGCAGGUGGAACAAGUUUGUAAGCUUGGUUUUCUUAAUUUUUGGUGGCUUUGAUAGUUUAACUGUCUCUAAUGAGAGCUUCUCUAGUCCAGUUGCUGAUAAUCUUUGAACUUCAUCACUGGAUGUCUUUGUGAGCAAUUCCGUGAACACCGAUGUGAGGUUGUGAGCUUUUGCUAAAAACAAGAUCUGUGGUUCAUACAGUGUAGUUGUGAAUCUAACAAGAAUCCCAACUAGGCCCUCUAAGUAAACAGUUGCAUGCCUGCUAGUUCUUAUUCCACUUCUUUGGAUCAAAAUGAUUCUCUGAAGGAUCGUGGGGACAACAUUCUUGUGCAGAAGAGCAAGGUUGAGUGUUAGAUUCUGUUGGGGGAGUUUUGCUAGGAAUUUUGCUGAAACUGCCUGCUUCUCAGUGAUGUGGUUAGUUUCUGUCUGGCUCUCAAUUAAACUCUCAGGCUGCCCCCUGGUUUUGCAGAGCCUCUCUGCUAGUGUGUUACCGACAUGUGAUGCAAGGGUAAUGAGUAGCUUGAUUGCUGCAAUCCCAAGUUGUUCAUGUUGGGUAUUGAUGAGUUCAAUGAGAGUGUAGCUUGCUUCAGUCUCAUUCACAACUGAGACAAUUGUUGCCAUUGACUUGGGUGACUUUGUGAGGCAUAAGAGGAUUCUGAUGAGAUUGAUGUCGAGUUCAUGAGCUGUGGAGUUUUUAAGCAUGCAGAUAAUGUUAUAGACAACAUAAUCUGAACUUAUCCUGUGGCCAUGAGGAUUUACUUGGAUGCUAUCAUGCUCAACCCCCGACUCGAGAAUAUUAGCAAGUAUUGCAGCAGCUUCUUUCUUUGAGUUCAUUGGUUCA